CCUGACACUCGCUUUUUAAAAGACACAAAGAUGGAGUUUUGACCCGGAAUGUCACACAUUCCUUCUCUCCAGAAUUGCUGCCUGUUCCACUGAGUUACUCCAGCAUUUUGUGUCUUUCUGAUAUUUUUCUUGUCUUUGUCCACAAUGGAUCAAGACAAACCAUCACCAAUUACAGUCUUUAACCCAUUUGUAAUUUUGCUAAGUAGAAUUCCAACUUGUCCAAUAUGAUCUCUGCACAUUAAGAAAAGGGAAAUGACAAGGUACCUCAUGUUUGUGAUAAGAAGAUCCGCCACAAUAUUGCCUGGGUUGGGGGACUUUAGCUGUGGGAACAUGUUGAAUAGGCGUGGCUAAUUUACGGAAAUGGAGGAAGCUGAAGGGGUGACCUGAUGGAAAAUGAUGUGAGGCAUUGUGAGAGUAUCAAUCUGUUCCCCAUGGUAGGGAGAGUAUCGGAAAGAACACGGCAUAGGUUUAAGGGUGAGAGGAAAAAUAUUUAAAGGGGACCUCGUUGGCAAGAUUUUUAUACAGAGAAUGGUUGAUCUCUGGAACAUACCGCCGGAGGUAUGUUUAGUCUAGAGAUACAGCGCCGAAACAGGCCCUUCGGCCCACUGAGUCCGCACCGACCAGCGAGCAACGCACAUUAACAUUAUCCUACACACACUAGGGACAAUUUUACAGUUUAUACCAAGCCAAUUAACUUACAAAAGUGUGUGAGGAAACUGAAGAUCUCGGAGAAAAUUACACACAGGUCACGGGGAGAAGGUACAAACUAUGUACAGUCAGGAUGUACCCGGGUGUCUGGCGUUGUAAGGCAGCAACUCUACCGCUGCGCCACCAUGUCGCCCUGGGGAGGUGAUGGGAUCAAAUACAAUUAUUACCGUUAAGAUGCACUUGUACAGACACAGACAAGGUAAGACGUGGAAGGACACGGUCCUCAUCAUGUGAACAUAACGUGUAGAGAGGAAGUGCAGAUGUUGUUUUAAACCGCCGAUAGACACAAAAAGCUGGAGUAACUCAGCAGGUCAGACAGCAUCACUGGAGAAAAGGAAUCUGGGAUGUUUCGGAUCGAGACAUUUCUUCAGACUAAUGCGGAGGGACAAAUGGAUUUAAUGUAGAUGGGCAAAAUGGCAGUUUUUAGCAAGCUGUGACUAUUCCUUCCCAACAUGGCAAUUGCGUGUAUGGAGAACACUUCCAUCCCCAUGGCCACGGGGGACUAAUCCCAUCGCCGUUUCAACCAGCGACCGGGACACUGCCUAGAGUAGAUUGUUUGCUGUCAAUUAACAUUGCAACACCCAAUUCAUCUCACUUUCUGAAUUAGUGAAAGACGAAAUGUAUUCGGCUGGUGGGGAAAAAAAGAUUCAAAAAUGAAAGCGCAAAUGAAAUAAAUAUUUGUUCAUAUUUAUUAUGCAUGAAAUAAAUAACCCAGUACAAGAUUACCCUUCAAAAGCAGUGCACUCGAUCAUUUCGAAAGUAAGCAGUGAAAUUCUUGUGUUGCCAGCUUGUCUGUGGGAAUAAUCCCGAGCCUUCACUUGCCAUGAAACAGCAGCAACACAAAUAGAAGCAGUGGUUUACCCAGCUGAAUCAAUAUGACUCGCCGAGUGACAUUUAUAUCAUCGCUCAACGUUAUUCCAUGCCACGUCAGGCAGGCGGUAUAUAUUCGCCACUCUCUUCCAAAGUGCCACAGUGUGCGAACGAGCGGAGGGAGGGCUGCUUUCAAAACCUGGAUACCGCUAAACAGAACAGACCCGCGAUGAAAAGCAUGAAUGAAUGGAUGGAUGGAUAUAGGGGUCUGAAAUUAACUUGGAUACUUUCCAUGGGAGCGAGGCGCCGAUGAAGCGGAAGGCACAGAGCGAAGAUGGGGGCUCAAGCAUUGAUGGGAAGGGUUAAGACCGGGCGGGACGCGUGAAAAGUGACCAUACUGAAGGAUUUCCCACGUAUAUGAAGCAGAGAGAAACGUGAGUUGUACAUCUAACUUUGGCGUUAAGCAGCGAGGCUGUUUCACUCUGGUUUGCAGCACCAGUAGUAUAGUAUGUUGGUGCGACACGGAGUGGAUGUCGCACCGAAGAGAGACUUCCUCUUCAUCCCAAACUGCUGGCCUUUGGAGGGAAUUAGCGCAGCGCCAGGGAGGGAGAUGGGGUGGGCGAAUUUGGCCGCGGGCACGCAUGCCCAGGCAGAUGGAUGUGCAGAACCCACCUGUUUGCAUGGACUGAAUGUCCUACAAGGCGAAUCUACGGAGCGAUUGGCGCUGCGAAGGCAAGGCCAAUGAAUGGCCAUUGUAGAUUGGCUCUGCACGCUGUAUGGACAUGUUGAACUGCAAAGGUACCGCGGCGACCAAGUACUGAGGGCAUUCGGGACCUGAUGAUGGAGACUAACGGCAGCCACACAAGCAAGGUCCGCUGGCACACCACCGGGGCAGCCCUGGAAUAUCUCAACCCGCCCAUGAUGAUCCGUGGCUCUGCCGACCCCGAGAUUUAUCAAAUUGCCCAAGACACGACGUCAAGCGCCCGGCCAGUCGCCACCGCCUCCCUGCUGCACAAUGGCAGCGAGUGUGGGGCCGAAAUCCUGCUUUACGGAGACACGGAGAAGCUGGUGAUCGGGGCAGUUCUGUCCAUGCUCACCCUGCUCACCAUCUCUGGCAACUGCCUGAUCAUGAUCUCGGUGUGUUUCGUGAAGAAGCUGCGCCAGCCUUCUAACUAUCUGAUCGUGUCCCUGGCUCUGGCCGACCUGUCGGUGGCCUUGGCCGUGAUGCCCUUUGUCAUCGUCACCGACCUGAUCGGCGGCCAGUGGAUCUUCGGGCAAGUCUUCUGUAACGUCUUCAUCGCCAUGGAUGUGAUCUGUUGCACCGCUUCCAUCAUGACGCUGUGCGUCAUUAGUAUAGACAGGUAUUUGGGAAUAACACGACCACUGACAUACCCAGUCAGACAGAAUGGCAAAGGCAUGGCCAAAAUGAUUCUCUGUGUCUGGCUUCUGGCCGCAUCUGUCACACUGCCGCCUCUCUUUGGUUGGGCCGAGAAUAUCAAUGAUGACAAGGUUUGCCUGAUCAGCCAGGACUUUGGUUACACCAUAUAUUCGACAGCAGUGGCGUUCUAUAUCCCCAUGUCAGUCAUGCUGCUGAUGUAUCACCAGAUUUUCAAAGCUGCCAAGAAGAGUGCUGCCAAGCACACCUUUGCGGGAUUCCCGCGGCCUGGCGACAUGUUGAUGGGCGAGGCAGAUCAACGAGGGCAUAAACCAUGCAAAGGCUCAGAUGAAUGCACCAACUUUUCCCGCCUUCUGAAAAAUGAGCGCAAGAACAUGUCAAUCUUCAAGAGGGAGCAGAAAGCUGCCACCACUCUGGGCAUUGUGGUUGGAGCCUUCACUGUGUGCUGGCUGCCGUUUUUCAUACUUUCUACAGCAAGACCCUUUAUCUGUGGCACCAAGUGCAGCUGUAUACCCUUUUGGUUGGAAAGAACAAUCUUGUGGUUUGGAUAUGCCAAUUCAUUGCUCAAUCCUUUUAUCUAUGCGUUGUUCAACAGGGAUCUGCGGACAACCUAUCACAACCUGUUGAGGUGCAGGUACAGGACCAUUAACCGGAAGCUCUCCGCUGCAGGAAUGCACGAGGCUCUGAAGCUGGCAGAAAGGCCAGAACUGAUACUGUAGGCAGAGCAAGCCCAUCGAAACAGAAUAUAUCUCAGGGAGAGAAGAAUUCUCUUUGUCUGUAAACUAUUGUUGCUGUAUCAGGGACUUUACACAGAAGAUGUUUUAUUUGUCAGGCAUUGCUCAUGCACCAGUAACUUAUAGGUCAUGGAUCUGUAGUCAAUAUCAGAUUGGUAAGAGUGGCAUUGGAACUUACAGGCUCAUUCCCAUUGAUAUUUCAGUCUGUGUGUGCCGUGAAGUGGAUCAUUCACCACCACAGGCCCUCAAUACCUCAGGAAAAUGGAGUUGAAGAAGAUUAAUGAUCUUCUCAUUGGUACGUGGCAUUGCGCAGCCUAACCUGCGGUGUCAUAGAUGCCUCUCUGGGUUAACAAAAUACACUGUUGCUGCUGCAUGCUCUUCUGGUACUAUUUCCUUGUGACGGCUUCAUUCACCUCAUACCCCACCUCACAACCCCUCCCGACCAGCCCAGCCCUAUUGAUCUACUGAUAUAACAUGCAUUUGCAAAAGGAGCCACUAGAUUUCCUAUUCUCCCUUGGUCAACAAAUUCCUCAAAUACCAAGAAAAUAUUUUAGGUUUCCCACCAUUAGCUACCCAUACCUGAAAACAUGACUUCCCCAUAUUAAUUUAAGCCAGCCUCUAAAUUUGUAGAAAAGCAUAUGUACAUGUCCGUACAGACAGGAGGAUUAGGAAGGAAAAGGAGGAAUAUCAGGAUUAGAAGCAGGAAAGAGCAAAUUUAGAGCGUGCAUUUAUUUAGUUCUUAUUACAAACUCAGGUCAUCCUAAGGGAAUGUAUCACCAAUGAAAUAUUUUUUCAAAGUGUUGCCCUUGAUACAUUGAUGGAAAAGUGACAAGCAAUUUUUGUAAAUCAAGGACAUGUAAAUAUGUAACUGAGCUAUCUUUAGGUCUUCCUCUAAUCUUUUUUGCUGCUUCUAAAACAGUAAAGAUUGUAACUACUGAUCCAAGAAACCAGGGAGCUGGUGCGGGCUGUUGUUAAUAAAUAGUGCAGACCCUGGUCAGUUUCAGUCCCCCUGCUAUUGCAAGGAUAGGGUUAAGCUGGAAAGGACGCAGAGAACAUUUACAGGGAUGCUGCCAAGACUUGAGGGCCUGAGCUAUAGGGACUUUGUUCCUAGGACCACAGGAGGAUCAGGGUUGUUCUUGUAGAGGUAUACCAGAUUAGGAGGAGAAUAGAUAAUGGAAAUGCACUGUCUUUUGCCCAGAGUAGGGACAUCAAGAACUGGAGGACAUGGGUUUAAGGUUAGGGAGGAAAGAAUGAAUAGGAACCUAAGUGGCAAUCUUUUCCACACAGAGGUUGGUGGGUAUAUGGAACGAGCUGCUAGAGGCGGUAGUGAAGGCAGGUAUUUAAAAGACAUUUGAACAGGUACACGAAUAAGAAAGUUUUCGU